AUUCACAUUCUGUGCGAGAAAAAUUUUCAGCGAAGCACAGCUCAGUCAAUUCGAUUUCAAAUUGGAGCUCGGUUUACAGUUCUCAAGCUUUGUUUUCAAAAUGGAAUAUUACUUAUUUGGGGUUUUAUUACUCAUAUCGAUAGGAUCCUUAAACUAUGCGCAGGAAACAACACCUUCAGAGGUAUCUAAGAACCAGUGCGAUAGGUACUGCUUGCAGUUCCUAAAGCCAAUGGUGGACCACAUGGGCGUCAUGCAGAAACUUUGGACGGUAUGUGAUGUAAGCAAGCUGACGAAUACCCAAUCCAGACUAGAAGAAAUUGAGGGUCAGCUGGUGACGCAACAGGAAAACUCUGCCAGCUAUUCGACAGCAAUCGAGGAAACUAAGCAGAAACUAUUGGAGCAAAGCAAGUUGAUCGACAAACAAAAACACCAUCUUCGAAAGCCGUUUCAGAAAAUCGGUUCCAAAUAUUAUUAUAUUGAGCAACAACAGAAGAUCAAUUGGUUUGGAGCAGCACACAGAUGUACCGAAUUCGACAGCCAUCUGAUCAGUUUGGAUAACCAGAGUGAGCUGGAUGCAAUAAUUCCCCACUUGGAUGCUAAAAAAUAUUAUUGGAUUGAUGUGAACGACCUCAGCGAGAAGGGAGUUUACCGCUCCCUAACAACUGGCCUGUGGUCCACAUUUUUGAAUUGGAAGCGUAAUGAGCCCAACAAUGCCAGUGGUAAGGAAAAUUGCGUCCAUUUACAAGACGCUAAUUUUGUAAUGAAUGACCAAAAAUGCGACGAUCUCUUUUUUUUUAUUUGCGAGUCUUUUAAUGAGUAAGCAAUGAGUUACAUGUUUUUUAAAUGAGUCCAAGUUUCAAAUAAAUGUGCAAUCAGCGGCAAUGGAUUUAUAUAA